GUAUGGCUCUGCCGCCCUCAUACUCUGUAGUUGUUUUAUUGUUUUCCCAACAAUUUUGUUUUCCAUUUCAAUGUUCUAUUAAACAAAUCAAUACGUGAAUUGCAAUAAAUUUUCCAUAACAAACAUUCCUAUAAGAAAACCUAAGGAUUUUCCACAUUAAAAAAAUACAAUAAAAUGCCAGUGAGAAAAUAUCGUCAUGAAACUCGAGAAGUUAGUUGUUGUACAAAAUAUUUGUUGUUUGUGUGUAACACAUUGCUGUGGAUGACGGGCUUGAUCAUUUUGGCCGCUGGUGUCUGGGCUUGGAAUGAAAAAGAUGCCUUUAGCAAUCAAUUUAAGUUGACAUUGUUGGUCUUGGAUCCAGCCUUUGUUUUGAUUUGUACGGGCAGUGUGGCAUUUCUGAUUGGAUUUACAGGAAGUGUGGGAGCCUUGAGGGAGAACACCUGUUUGCUGGGAACGUUUAUUGUCCUAAUGUGUGUCCUUUUGGUUGUGGAAGUCUGCUUUGGUGUUUUGUAUUUAGUACUCAAGGAUAAAGGCUGGAUAAAAGACCAGGCCACCGAAGGCCUGCGUGCCUUCAUCAUCCACUACCGUGAAGAUCCGGAUCAACAGAAUCUCAUCGAUUGGAUCCAAGAAGACUGGUUACAAUGUUGUGGUAUUGAAGGCCCCAAGGAUUGGGAUAGUAAUAAUUAUUUCAAUUGUUCGUCGAGUGCAAUUGGCAGCCGCGAGGCAUGUGGGGUUCCAUUCUCAUGCUGUCGUCGUCAACCGCAUGAAUUGAUAAAGAAUAAACAAUGUGGCUAUGAUGUCCGCAAGGAAGGAUAUCCUGUUGAUAGACAUAUUUAUGAACGUGGCUGUUUAAGGGCUGGCGAAGAAUUUCUGGAAAUGCAUAUUGUGUCCAUUUGGAUAUAUAUAAUGGUGACGGUGUUUUGUCAGAGUUUUGAAAUUGCAAAAAUAAUUUAUGAUAAGGGAUGCGUCCAAGCCGGCGAGGAGUGGAUGGAAAGAAAUCUUAUUUUAAUUUCUACCAGUGCAAUUAUAGCAAUUUUCUUUCAGAUAUUAUUCGUCAUCUUCACGCAAAAUCUUCGUGCCGACAUCAAUUCUCAAAAAUCCAAAUGGCACUGACCAUUGUCCAAUGCCGUCCCUUAAGAAAGGCUUGCGGUUGUUGUCUAAGGAGGGGGACGUAAAAUGAAAUGUAAAUUGUAAAACAAUCAAACAAGGGAUUUCGAAUAUAGGAAAAGUCACCCUUAUGAGUGGGGAACUUUUCCGUCUCAUGCCAGAAGCUAAUCUAAAAAAGAAAAACAAACAAAUUGUUACUGAGUAUGUAAGCAAAAUUUUAUGUUUUCUUUUAAUAGAAUUAUGUUGCCAACUUUUUGAUAAACUAACGACAAAACAAUUUAGAAGAAAUCCAAGUGAACGAACAAAAAGAAUCUACAUAUAUAUAUAUUUUACUAUGCAUAUUUAUACUGUUUACCUGUAUCUGUUUUCCCUUCAAUUUAUGUACCUAAAAAAACAAUGACUCUACUAACAAUAACAGGAAUAGAACAGGCGGCAUUAAAGGCUUGAAAUGUUGAGGCAAUAAAAUAGGAUAUUUGAAAUCGGUUUUAUGUACUUAAGCACAAAUAAUAGUGUUGACACUUCCAUGUGCAUUUGUAUAUUAUUUUUUAAUUAUUUUAAUUGUAUAUUACUUAAAAUUAUUAUUUAUAAUUAUACUCAUUUAUUUAUAUAAAACUAUAUUAUAGAUGCUCAAUUUUGUGACAUGUUGUGAAACUUUGCACUGAUAAGGACCAAAUAGACAUAGAGUUUGUAGACCACAUACGCAGCUCCGUUUAUGCACAGCAAACGGGUAUGACCCUUGCAGGGUUAGGGAAGAAAUUGCUCGUUGGAUAUAUAACAAACAGUAUUAUCAAAGAACAAAAAUUGAUAGGAAACGAGGCCAAUGUAUAGAAAUGCUUCUAAAGCCCUGUAAUAUAUUUGUUUUAGAGGAAAUUGGAGACGUUAUACCUAUAGAAGAUCCUUUGACUGGUUGUUCGUAUAGAAGGCACUUUAAACCAAUUUUUAUUUAUAAUCAAAAUGCAUUUAAAAGUCCACAUAACAUGUUGUAUGGAUGGACAAUGAAACGAGGCUAAUCUAUAGAAACUCUUCCAACACUCGAUGGUCUAUUAGUUGUAAAGAAAAUUCAAGAAAAAGGGAAUAUGUUUUGGAAGAUUUUAUACCCGAAAAAACAAUGAAUUGCUAGCCAGCUCCAUUGUUGUUGUUGUAGCAGCUCAUAUUGCCGGGUUGGUUCUGACUCCUCUUAAUCGGGUUCUGCCUCUAAGUCCAGUCUCAAAAACGGAUGCAACCUGUACGGGUUUGGUCCACAACGAGAAUGGAGUUAGCUGAGUAGGUUUGUGGUUGGACAGCCAAAUAGAUGUGGCGUGUUAUCUGGAGCAAUGCCAUAAGCGGGCAGAUGGGUGGCUGCACCAUCCGGAUCAUUACUGAGCCAAAACUACUCGGGUUUUCGCGGCAGUUUUCGUUCUUUAGCUGCGAGGGGAAGGGGAUGGUAUCCUAGUACAGUAUUCACCCUUUCAUGACUUCUGAAACCGAGUUACAGUGAAUACUAUUCAGUCCCGCUUGAUAUGUCUGUUGAUCUAGAGGCUCUCUCUUAUACAUAUGUAUCUCUCUCUCUCUCUCUCUCUGUCUCUAGAUCAUGAAGGUCUUUCCUUACGUGUCUGGGCGGAGGUUGCCCACCCACCAGACGGUGAUUCCGAUGGCUCUGUCUUUAACAGCAUUUUAUUACGCUUUGCACCGGUAAGUCCUUCGCCUCCUCAUGUAGGGGGUCGACAGGUGUCAUGAGCAGGCACAAAGUUGCGGUUCUAAAGGCGGCAAUCUUUCAGGACUGAAUAUUUUCCCACUGCGUAUCAGCUCCCCAAGUUAUGCCGGCCAGAAACUUGAGAACCUUCUUCCUACUUCUAAUCUUAUCGCAGAUAGCUGCGGUAUGCGCGGAUGAUUUGAAGACGCUUUCGAAUGUGACCCCUAAGACCUUGGGGUUGUUGGUGGUCGGAAUUACAACAGCUCCAUUGUGGUCUGCUUGGGUGGUAUCGCGUGAGUCCUAACAAUUAUAUGGUGGACAAAUUUCUCCCACUCAGGCGAUUGAGGAAGCACCUGCACGAUCUAGAGAGGUAGAGGCCCAUCGAUACAAUAGAGAGUCUCUAAAUCAGAAUGCCUAACAGACAGGCCUAAAUAGCGUUCAUACAAAUCAAACAUUAUAUGAGUAGCUUUUACAAUAACAGCAGCAACGCCUUAGAGUAUGAAACAAAAUUAGAAAAGGAAAGGAGCCCAAUCUAUUUUUUUAAAAUUCAAAUAAUUAUUGGCGAUCAUAAGAAGAUGUCCCUCAGAAAUUGUCAGUCUAUGGCAUUGGAAAAGUUUUGAAGCGCUUCCAUUUACCUUUUAUUUAAUAUUAUCUUAAAUCUCAAUAUCUCGAAUACUCACUGCCCCGUCUUAAGUUUAUAUGUUCAUUAUGAAUCUACCUUUAACUGCCAAUUAGUAAACCUCAAAAAAAUAGAAUCUCACAAGCCUUCAAAACUCAAGUCUUUCAAAUGCCGCCAAAACCAACUCCCUGUUAACGCCUAUCAUAACUAAGCUUUAUAUUUA